AUGGAGCUCUGCACAUGUGUACGCAUUCAUCAGCAACACAGUGUGAUUGAGAUAGUGGCUAAUGUGAGUGACAGCUGUUUUCGAAACCUUGCAGAGGACCGCAGUGGCGUCAACCUCAAAGAUCUUGUACACGAUCCCUCCCUGUUGGGGGGCAUGAUCGCGGCCUACAAGAUAGUGCCAGAUGAGAUCGAUGAAAUCAAGGAGACUCUGGUGGACUGGUGCGAUGAAAAGGAACUUAACCUCAUCCUAACCACCGGUGGCACAGGCUUCGCCCCGAGAGACGUCACGCCAGAGGCCACUAAAGAGGUGAUAGAGCGCGAGGCUCCAGGGAUGUCUCUGGCGAUGCUGAUGGGUUCCCUCAAUGUCACACCACUAGGCAUGCUUUCCAGACCUGUGUGUGGUAUCCGAGGGAAGACGCUCAUCAUCAACUUACCAGGAAGCAAGAAAGGCUCCCAGGAAUGCUUCCAGUUCAUCCUGCCGGCGUUGCCGCACGCCAUCGACCUCCUGCGUGACGCGGUGGUGAAGGUAAAGGAGGCGGCCGAUGAGCUGGAAGACUUGCCGUCGCCACCGCCGCCCCUCUCGCCGCCGCCCAACAGUUCGCCACGCCGUCAGACGGAGGACAAAGGUGUGCAGUGCGAGGACGAGGACGAGGAGAAGAAGGACAGCGGCGUAGCAUCCACCGAGGACAGCUCCUCCUCCCACAUCACCGCCGCAUCCAUCGCAGCCAAGAUCCCAGACUCCAUUAUCUCGCGGGGUGUGCAGGUGUUGCCCAGGGAUACAGCCUCUCUCAGCACCACGCCCUCGGAGUCGCCCCGAGCUCAGGCCACCUCCCGCCUCUCCACGGCUUCCUGUCCCACGCCCAAAGCGCGGCUCCCCUCCUGUUCAUCCACCCUAAGCAUUGCUGAGGCCUCACGGAGAGAAUUCAGGGCUCACCUGGAUGAGGUCAUCACGCUCAAGUCAAGGUACUCUACCUUGGACCAG